AAUCAUGAACCCCUACGCCGCAUUUUUGCACUGAUCCUUCGCGUGCAAUUUGUUUGCGUGCUACCCUCUUACGGCACAUCCACGCAAAACUGUCCCUCGCCAACGAUAACUUCCUUGGUCAAGAAUUAUAUCGCCGCCAUUUUGUAAUGUAUUGUGUUUAUAUCCGUUUUGAGGGAGAUGGUGCAUAGUCUCGAAGCAAUCAAUGUGUUACAUCGAUAGAAUGAUGGUCAACGUUACUACGGUCAACAACCCAGAAAGUUGUGCUACUGAACUCGGCAGAAAUUGAUCAUCAUACAGAAGUGACUGAUCAAUCAAAACAAUCAUGUCCCAGCAAACAGACAAAGGUUCAAUGGCACUGGCACCAGCUUUCCAGCCGAACUCGCCUUCAUCCCCAAAGGAGAAAAAGUUCUUGGUUCCAGGACUGGAUAGCAAUGGUCGGAGGGUGGACGAUCACCCGAUGAUCAGCCAGUGCGGCAACUCGUUUUUGUCCAACUUGUUUCUGCGCCCGCCAGACGACACGGAGCCUGAGGAACAACCAUCAACAGUUGACAUGUCAGCUUUCAAGGGUUCACCUUCUACAACAAAAGUUCCUUAUCCUUUGAGUGAACCCUGGAGCACCAGCGGUGGAGACCGAGAUGGCAAUGACAGUGACAGUGGCGAGCAGAGUGAUAACGAGUCUUCAAGCGGCAGUUCGGAGUGUGGUGAUGAAAGUGGAUCGAUUGCAGAUGGUACCAGCUGUAGUUCAUCCGAUGAUAAUGACUCUUCUGAUGGAGACGAAAGUGAGGAUGGCUGCGAAACUAAAAGCAACUCUUCGUCAUCGUCUGGCUCAAAUUCCUCAUACUCAUCCUGCAGUAGGCCCACGUCUCCUACUGAUUUAUCACAACAAGUUUUCCUUAUCAGGGAGACUAAUUUCGAACAGGGAGGGUUGAAGCUAAAAAUCUCGACCUCGGUCGCCCGGCAAGUGGAGCAGAAAGCAGCUCCAAUUAAAGAACCGCCCAAAAGUGUUAAUGCGAAGGAGCCUUCGCCCCCGGCACCGCCCCCUCAGUCAAAACCAGAAUCAACUCAGUCAAAACCCGAAAUAAAUCCUCAACAAACUCAGGAAAAGAAGAAACAGCAGCAGGUUCAGAAUUCAAGAGUGACUCGCCUUCGACCACGCAAAAAGGAGGAGUCAAAGGGUGCGACUGCAAGCACAUCACAACAAAUUCAGCAACCUCCACAGCGAGCUGUGGGUAAACGGGGUCAGGAGUCGCUGGCCCAGGCCUCUUCGGCUCGCUCGACUCAACCUGAAGCAGCAAUAUCGCAACUUGCACACGAGCUCUCUGGAGAUGCAUUACAGGAGAUAAACCAAGAAGACUUAGCAGCUAUCUUGCCAGAUGUUUCUGCGUCCGUGACAAACGAGGAUGUCGCCGGUCCGUUUGGAUUCGAGGACGUCACGACUUUGGCUGGAAAAUCAGCAGAUGUAGCCCCAGCUCAAAAUGCAGUCGUCCACUCUUCGUCUGACAGCGAGUCGGGCCGCGAAGUCUUGUCUAAAAUGGUGGAUGAUAGGAUACUGAGUAUUGACGUUGUAGAAGACAGCACUUCUUGCACAGAUGGCGGAAGGAGUCGUGUCAGCGAUGACGAGGAUGAAGGCAGUGACGUGGACAGAAAGAGCUCCCACACGAACGCUCCGAUGUAUUCAUGUAGGCUCCUCCAGCAAUACGAGCAAAAUUUACUUUCUCAAAAUGACAAAAAGGAAGGCAGCUACUCCAACAGCCCGACUAAACCAAAAUCUGAGCAAGCUGAGACGAGUGCGCCAAAACAGAGGCGUUCAAAGCAGAAAAAAGAGAGGAAUACAGAGGAGGUGAAUUCAAAAAAUACCGUCGAAAUCGAACCCUACAUUCCACUAGACUGCUGCGAGUCUAAUGUGUCUCCAGAUAGUGGAAUUCAGUCGGUCGCUGGUUCGCCCGUGCACCAGUCAUGCUCUCCCGCUUCUAAUCUGGCACCCGCGUCACCACACCACGCUUCAUCUCAGUCAAGUUACAUCCAGACAACAGCGACGAAGGAAUAUUCCCCAGCUUGUGAAACAAAGAAGAGGCCAGGAAGACCCACAAAAGUUGUGUCGGUUGAGAAAAAGGGCAGAGGUAGGCCUAAGAAGGACAAGAGCGCAGGCGACGCAGUGUUGCCUGUUGCAAAGGUCAUCAACGAUGCUGAGUCACCAAGCGGUCAAGCCCGGCGAGGACCUGGGCGGCCCAAAAAGACUGAAGACGGAGCAUCCAAGAAACAGUCAGUUGCUCCGCCGAUUAAGGCCAAGGCUGAUUCGCCUGAAUUCGUGUCUCAAAAGAGAUCCACUAAAACAAGUGAUAGCAAAGUGCGGCUUGUUAAAAAAACGACUGAAAAGAAGAUGGUCUGUGAGGAAAAAUCGGAAAAGAACAAUGAUAAAGAUGCUCAGCCGCGAAAGAGGCGAUGGAGGCAGAAGAAUGUAAAGGCGCUUACCAUCCCGUUCACCAUCGAAGGCACGCUUGCUGAUGCAGUGCAAAUUCCUAUUAAGAGAAGAUCAAGAAGCGGCAAAAAGCACAAGAAGUUGCAAGGUUUGAAAAACAAAGGCAAACUCAGGAAACGUGGACACCGAGCCAGUCACAACAGAGAUCAGCCAAAGAAGAGCAAACUGAAUAAAACCAAAAAGAACAUUGCAUUCAAGAGAAAGAAGAAUGUAAAAGGAAAUGAUAGCAAGCACGAAGACCCUAAAUACUUGGUGAAUUUGGAGAAGCUUAUUCUUUCUCUGCAAAGCUGUACAAUAUCAAAGAACUUGGUGUUGCCAGCUCCUGGCGAAAAUAAACUGCCUUUAAUAUUCAGAGUGAGAAAGAUCGUCAAGAAAAGGAAAAUUACAGAGAGGAGUAAAAACAGCGAUAAAGAAUCUGAAAAUGAGGCACCACCUCCAAAAUCACCCCAUUCAUCAAAUAAAGAAAAAGUCAAGAGGAAAACAAAAAAGAGCGCAGUGGAAGUGCCGAAGCGGGCUGAACCAAAUGAGCAGAGAUUACCCCUAAAAAAGCGGCAUUAUCACCUGCCCAGUCAAUUGCCAAAUGCGGACCCUCCUCAAGACCAGAGUGCUGAAUCACCAUCUUCAAAUUCCAAGAUGAGUCAGGCAUCGUCUCAAGUUGCGUCGUCCAAGGUUGAGAAGUCGUCGGCAGCGUCCAAAUCGAGCAGGAAUUCAAUAGACGACGCUAUUGAGUCUUGCAUAUCCAGGUUCAACGACGACGAUGAUGUGCCACUCAACGAAAUCAAAAAGAAAAAGUUGGAAGCGUCGACAAAGAAGCAGGCUAGCACUCCAGUAGUCGCGCUCUUGUCGAAAAGAGCCGCAGCUCUGAAGGCCACCAAUCAAAUCACGGCCACCGUAACCAACACACCGCCGGCAAACAGCGAAGAGAAGGAAACAGAGAAACCUGUUAACCCCUCAGUGAUGAAGAGUGAGAAGGAGGACAUCGACCUGGACGACGUGCCUCUUCAAGACCUCAUUAACAAAACUAAGAGCAAGAAACUUAUGUCCAAGGAGCCCAAACUGGCAGCUAAGCUAGAAAUUUUGAAGAAAACCGUCAAUGCUGUGAAGAAAAAAGCCAAGAGAAGAAAAGCCAUCAACAGGACUGGCUUUCCAGUCAAGAAAAAGAAAAAGCCCAAGAAAUGUGAUGGCCAAGUUGAAUUGCCAAAACCCGAGAUCAAGAAGGAAGUUCCAGCGCCUGAGCCAGUUAAAGAUCUUAAACCAAAGCAGAUGGAAUCCUCAAGAAAGACAAAUAAAAGAAAAGCAGCGGCAUGUAGCGUUAGCACAACGGAAAACAUGCCUCUUAGUCAACGAGCAGCGAAACGAAUGAAGUUGUCGGUGGUAGCCUCGUCCAAGGAAGACGACAAGGCUAGCGUAGCUGACGGUGGUGUCGAAACUGAUAUACCAGAAGUCGAAAGUAAAGGUAAACCACAACCGAGAUGGAGGAAAAAGUACCUGGUGGCAGGUCUCUUCUCUCAGUAUUAUAAAGGCGAAGAGACCAAGAAGAGUACGCCCGCCGAACUUUCCAAGGCUCGGAAUUGCGCAUACAAGAAGGAAGAGCACAAGUACGGCCUCCUACCGCCACCUUACGACAGCGGAAAGUUCUUGCGCGUGAGAAAACUGGACUUUGAGCUUCCUUACGAUCUGUGGUGGCUGCACGAGCACAACAAACUGCCCGGAAGAGACUCUGAGGUGCCGUCGUGGAACUACAAGAAGAUACGCAACAACAUUUAUUAUGAUAUGAAGAUCCCGUACAUGUACGAGGCGCACCAGUCGUGCAACUGCAAGCCUCCAGAGAAGACUGGUGUGGCUGGAUGUGGAGAUGACUGCAUCAACAAGCUAGUGUACGCCGAGUGCAUUCCCAGGUUGUGUCCCUGCCAGGAGAAGUGCUCCAACCAGAGAAUCCAGAAGCACGAAUGGGCGCCUGGCGUCGAGAAAUUCAUGACAAAGGAAAAGGGUUGGGGCGUGCGCACGAAAAAGACCAUCAAGAACGGAGACUUUAUUAUGGAGUACGUCGGUGAAGUUGUUAGCGAGAAGGAAUUUAAAAACCGGAUGGAGACGCGGUACGCAAACGAUACGCACCACUACUGCCUGCAUCUGGAUGGAGGGCUGGUGAUAGACGGGCACCGCAUGGGUGGCGAGUGCCGUUUUGUGAACCACUCGUGUGAGCCAAACUGCGAGAUGCAGAAGUGGUCGGUGAACGGGCUGUUCCGAAUGGCGCUGUUUGCGCUGCGCGACAUCGAGGCUGGCGAGGAGCUUGGUUACGACUACAACUUUUCGCUGUUCAACGCUGCAGAAGGCCAGCCGUGCAAAUGCGGCAGUGAUAACUGCCGGGGCGUGAUUGGCGGCAAGUAUCAACGUGUGAACCAGCCACUGACCGACCGGCGUUCGUGCAUGCGGCUGAAGAAGGAGUCACGCAAGUGCAAGCGCACCAGGCACAAGAGGACGGGCAAGAUGAGCGACACGCAGAUGCGUAACCAGCUGUUCGCGCCGAUGAAGCCCAUGUCGCACCAGCAGCGAUGCUUCGCGCAGGAACACCACUGCUUCCUCCUCCGCAACUUGGAGAAGCUGAAGCGCUUCCGAGAGAAGCUGAAGAAGCACGCGACCGAGCAGCAGGAGGCGUCGGGCACCGUUAACAAGCUAACGCAAGCCUCAAACAAGGCGGACGUCUUCCUUGCGCAGCUCAACGCCCUUUCCACACCGCGAUCGGUGCGUACGCGGCGCCUCGCGCAAGCCGAGGAUAACCCUGAGCUCAACAAGGUGGCCAGGCUGGCGUACACGUUCAAGGACCUGUACCAGGCAGUGGUCACAGCCAAGAACGAGCAGGGCGAGCAGCUGUGUUCGCCCUUCCUCAACCUGCCGACCAAGAAGAAGUUGCCGCUCUACUACGAGAGGGUCCAGGAGCCCAUCGACCUCAGCAUUAUUGACAAGAACAUCACCAGCGGCACAUACACAACGGUGGAAGCGUUCGACCUCGACUUCAGCCGCCUCUUCAGCAAUAACAUCGGCUUUUACGGGAGAACCUCGCCGCGCGGAAUCGUUGCCGCCAGGCUACGCAAAAUUUACAACGACGCCAAGCAAUCUAUUAUGCCGCAGUUGGAGGACAUCUUGGGAGAGUUGCCGCCUACUUCGUUCUACUCUGAAAAGAAAACUGUUUCAGGGGUCAGAAAUGCUCCCGGCGCCAAGAAGACUGCCGUUGACAGCGAAGAAGAUGUGAUCCGCUGCAUCUGCGGCCUCUUCAUGGAUGAGGGACUGAUGAUACAAUGCGAGCGCUGCCUCGUCUGGCAGCACGGUGAUUGCGUCCAGGCAGACAGCUCUGUGGAGCACUACCUGUGCGAGCAGUGCAACCCGCGAACGGUGAACAGGGAUAUAGUGAUGCACCCCUCGCCUGAAUACGCAGAAGAGGGCGAGACCUACUACAUUUCUCUGAUGCGGGAAGAGCUGCAGCUUAGAAUCGGAGACACUGUUUAUGUUCUCCGCGACAUUGACAGGGACGACAUCACGGAUCCAUCAGAGCCGCCUCAGAAGCAUACAUACAAAACGUUGCAAAACGCCAUGCCUGAUGAUUGCGACAUUUUCAGGAUAGAAAGGCUCUUCAUUGAAAAUGGUCAGAGGUAUGCUUUUGGUCACCACUAUCUCCGACCGCACGAGACCUUCCAUGAACCAUCGCGUCGUUUCUUCCCAAAUGAGGUGAUGCGGGUGCCAUUGUACGAGAAGGUUUCCUUCGACCUGAUCCUCGACCAGUGCUGGGUGCUUGACUUGCCGACCUACUGCAAGGGUCGCCCAAUUGGUGCUCGGGAGCAGCAUGUGUACAUUUGCGAGUUUCGGGUGGACAAAACGGCGCACCUGUUCGCCAAACUCCCAAUCAAGAGUGCGAAGCAAAUUUCGAUGAAGCCCUACGCUUUUGAGCUGUUUGAAACAAAGCUGAAACCUAUCAGAUCUUACACACCUCAUCCAACAAACAGUCCAGCGCCCAGGUCUAAGAGCAAAACUAGAGAAGACGAAGGUGGUGGCAAAGGAGAUGGCCACAAAACUAGUCACAAAAGGGUAUCGAUGCAUGCUGCUGCCAACAAAGUACCCCCAGCUGUGAGGAGAGCUACUCAAAUUGACCGAUUGAAUGGCGUGCUGCUAAAGCUGCUGGGCAAGCAGCAGUGCAAGCAGCCGCUGGACGUGUCCUACCUUCUGGAGCCAAAUAAGAGGCAGCGCAAGAAACCGACGCCGCUGCAGAGCUCUUGAGGACGACGGAAGCGGGUCUGCGGUUGCUGUGAAGGAGUGGCCUUCACGUAUGUGGCCGCGGCCGGCAGCAGUACAAACAGCAUGACGCCGGCGGCUUCAUCCAGCCGCCUUUCUGCGAGGCGCAGGAGUAGGAAGAGCCGCAAACCGAUCAAGACGAGCGCUUCUUUGCAAGCCCUCAAGUGUAAAUUUUGAGACGAUGCGCUGUGAUAUAUAUAAACAGAAGGAACCCUCCUCGCAAUGAAUUAAGUUCUGACCUCUCCUCGAUUUAAUCACGCAUUUUUGACACAUGACUGACGGGAGAGAUGUCUAUCUAACAGCAUUAGGUACCCAUUUUUCGAUGAAGUUGGUUGAAUAAAUUAAAAUAAAUACACUUUUCGCUCCUCGGCAGCUUUCUUGAACGGGCAAUCUCGGUAGCACUAACGUUUCGAUUUUUCCGGUUUCUCAAUGUACAAAAGAGUAAUCGAAAGUAACCAAGCAUUGCUAAUGUUGUAGUUCCUUGCCAAACGGAUAACGGCGAGUUAUGCUGCCAAAGUUUCGAGUUGCCACCCAGACGUAUCAGUGAGUUUGCUGGCCAUGUAAUCACUAUGCGGUGGCAACGCUGUCUUUUCGCGCACGAACGGCAACUUUUUCGGCGAGUACAAAAUUAUUUUGGGGGUUGCGGUCGAGUCAUAUAUUUGGAAGCUGAAAUUUCGGGACUAAUAUUUUUAUGCUAGUCAGAAAUUAACGGUUAAUAUUUUUCAUGCAGCAUAGUUGGAGGAGAAAAUGGAAACUAGAGAUAGUUUGAAAUUUUAAUCUCAUCUAUCCAUUCAUUCAUUGCAAGGCUGAGGUUUUUUAAAUCAUUUUCGAGUCAUUUGGCUUUCCCCCCAAACACAUUCAAAUUCGGUUUCCGUUGAUAUUGAUAACGAGGUGAAUGUACAUAAUCCCGGUAGACGCGUUAAGUGAUCAACAGUAUUUAAUACCGUUCAAGUUGUGUUUAAUAACAAGAACAGAUUUUUUAUUUACCUCGUGUAGCUCUUAGCCACUUUGUCCAGGGAGACGCCUCCCCUACUUAAUUUAUGCUUUCGAAACUCAUGAACGCGGUUCAAACCAGCCAAGUUAACGUUACAUUUCACGCUUGUUUUUAUGCUUAGAUGCUGAGGGCGCGCGGCUGAGGCUGCCUGGCCCGAUUGUCUUGAAGACACAACUCUCCGUUGGGUCAGAAGCCAGUCGCCCGGCCUCAGCCAAAACCUUUUGUUUCUUUUGCUUAAGAUCUUCUGUAGUUUAUCGCAGACUUUAGUGACCAGCAUGUCUGUUGUCCGUAGUCUAUCUUUGUGAGUGAAAUUUUUUCUCAGCUGUAGUUGCGCACGAAAACACUGAAACUAUUGUCACAAUCUUCAUGUGCACGUGGAAGCUCAAUCCGGUGUUGCAGUACAAUUUAAGUUUUUACUUUCUAUUUUUGUGACCAAUAAGACAAAAUUACCUUGAAUCUGUUUCCAACGGUGCAUUUCUUCUUUGUCCAAUUAGUUUCAUCAGGACAACCCAAAUUUUUUAUCACAAUUUGGAAACGGUGGAAUGUAUAACUUAAGACUUUGUCGAUUUUCCGUAAUCGACAGCAGCAAUGAUCGGCAGCAAUUUUGAUCUGUUAUCUAUGAAUAAACCAAAAUUUUGACCUUUUUUUCGUCUGACGUUUCUUUGUACAUCACUAACUUUUAACCUGUAAUAAAAAAUAUCGCUCAAAAAAA